AUGGCGUCCCCCUACCCCCCCGGCGGCACCUUCUUCGACACGCUGAAGCGCAAUUUCACCGCCGUGCCCAUCGACGGCGCGCACGGCGACGCUGUUGCGACGUCUGAGUUUCUGGAGGCUGCGGAGAGUUUGACGACGUUAUUCGACGUGCUCGGGUCAGUGACGUUCACGCCGGUGAAGAGCGAUAUGCUCGGGAACAUCAAGAAACUCCGCGACCGCCUCCUCGCAUCGCCCAGCAACUCCCUCACCCUCCAAGACCUCGUCCUCAACGAGCUCAAGGAGAAGAAGAAGACCGCCACCGAAGGCCUCCUCUGGCUCAAUCGCGGCCUCGACUUCACCGCCCAAUCCCUCCGCCGCAACCUCACCGUCCCCGCCGAGGAGCUCUCCGCCUCCUUCCGCGCCGCCUACGCCGACACCCUGAAGCCGCACCACAGCUUCCUGGUCAAGCCGAUCUUCAGCGCCGCCAUGGGCGCGUGUCCGUACCGGGCGGACUUCUACGCGAAGCUGGGGGAUGACGCGGCGAGGGUGGAUGCGUUAUUAAGGGAGUGGUUGGACGCGCUGGAGCGGAUCGUGGGGAUUUUGACGGCGUUUUUAGGGAGGAAGGAUGUGAAUGUGAAGUAG